AUGCGCCUGUUCCCGGUACGCCUCUCGGCCGCCUCGUCCUCGAUGGCGAGCCUGACCAAAAUGCUCGACUUCUACUCGGGCUUCAACCCAUCGCCGCUAUCCAUCAAACAGUUUAUGGACUUUGGGCAAAAUGCCUGCGAGAAAAAGUCGUACAUAUUUCUGCGAAAGGAGCUGCCGGUGCGAUUGGCCAACAUCAUGAAGGAGAUUGCCCUGCUGCCGGAUAAUCUGCUGCACACCAGAUCCGUCAGCGAGGUGAGCUCCUGGUACGUGAAGAGCUUCGAGGAGGUGCUGGAGUACGAGAAGGCCGAUCCCACACACGACAAUUUGCACAAGUUUGUGCAUCAUCUGGAUCUCAUUAGGAAUCGGCACAACGAUGUGGUGCAGACGAUGGCCCAGGGCGUCAUUGAAAUGAAGGAGAACGAGGGCGGCACGGUAGAUGCGCCCACCGAGAGCUCCAUACAGUACUUUCUCGAUCGGCUGUACAUGUCGCGCAUCAGCAUCCGGAUGCUGAUCAAUCAGCACACUCUGCUCUUUGGAGCGAAUCCCCACUCGGGUGGUCGGCACAUCGGCUGCCUGGACCCAGCCUGUGACCUGUCGGACGUGGUGCGCGAUGCGUAUGAGAACGCCCGCUUCCUCUGUGAUCAAUAUUAUCUGACGAGCCCCGCGCUGGAAAUCCAGGAGUAUUGCCGCGAGCCAGAGGGCAACCUGCCCAUCCGCACUGUCUACGUGCCCUCGCAUUUGUAUUACAUGCUCUUCGAGCUCUUUAAGAACUCCAUGAGAGCUGUGGUGGAGCACCACAAUAAUGACAACUGCGACACCCUGCCGCCCCUCAAGGUGGCCAUCUGCCGCGGCCAGGAAGACAUCUGCGUGAAGAUCUCCGAUCAGGGUGGCGGCAUUCCGCGCUCCCAAACUGACCAGCUUUUCAAGUACAUGUACAGCACGGCUCCGCAGCCAUCCAAGUCGGAUCUGCACACGGUUCCUUUGGCCGGCUAUGGGUACGGUCUGCCUAUAUCGCGGCUCUACGCUCGCUACUUCCAUGGCGACAUAGUGCUGCUCUCGUGCGAGGGCUUCGGCACGGAUGCCAUAAUCUACCUAAAGGCUCUGUCCGAUGAGGCCAACGAGCUGCUGCCCAUCUUCAACAAGACGAGCUCCAAGUUCUAUCGCGCCACGGUGCCUACGGGCGACUGGUCCAAUCAGAGCUCCGAUAUGAAUGCCCGACAGCUGUCGGCCACCAUACCGAAACGCUACAACGACUUGGUGCAGGAUGCCUAAGACCGAUUCCACGCACGCAACUGCGUGUAGCUAACUGCUACUCAGGUUAAGGACUUACAUAUGACGAUUCAGGAACAACAGCAACAGUUGGAUAUACAAGGACACACAUCACUAGCUCUAGGCAAAGACAUUCCCAAACAGCAGCAGCCGCCACUCGUAUUCAUGGCAGCAACGUUAGUAAACUAAGUUUUCGUGUUGUUAUUGAAAAUGAAAAACGAUGGUAGAAAUACAUAAUGCUAAUUGUUAAAGAUCAA